GUGAUGCAGGAGUCCGUCCACCUGUUGCCACCUAGUGGCGACCGGUUGCUACGACAACGCGAAAACAUCCUUCACAUAAUAGGACACACCUGUUGAUCUGUAAUCUACCUGGCUGCCAAACUUAGUGCGCGUUGCAUAGCCGUGUCAGAUCUUUGCUUUGUUACAGUGUCAGUCCACAAUGAUGAAGACAAGGGGGCUGAAAGACAAAGACAUCUGGAGACUGUAUAUGUUUGAGAAUCGGGCUGACAUGCUGCUGUUAGAUACAAAAUGCUUUCAAAGUAGUCCACAUUGAUUGACACAAGCGACCCACCUGUGCAUUCAGACACAACGUGAAAUCUCAACUGAGAUCAGCUAUUCUCUAAAAUUCAUCCCCCAUGUCCUGUGGGAUGAAAUGUCGCAAAUAAGUCAGAGCACACCCUCAGAUGUGUCUGGAGGUUACCCUGUGACUAAUUUGACUUUAGUCGUCCUUUUGCUGAUCCCCUGUGUGGUCAUCCUGCUUCUGCUCAACUGCCUGUUUCUGGGCUACAAGUUGCUGAUCCUGUCAAAGACGAACAACAGAAGGAAGCGAGAGGACACAGAGGAGAUGCUUUUGCAGUCCAACCUGCAAAAUGUCAGACGAGUAUCCGACGUUGCUUUUCACACUCUGCAGGACGGGAGGAGAGCUUAUAUGUCUCUAUCGGAGCCGAUCCUCCCCCAUCCUGUAACCUCUUCCAGGGCUUCAUCCAGGGAGAGGGCCGGGGUCGAUCACAGGUUUAGACUCUUGAGGCCAGAUGGUGCCACCGGCUCAGGGUCCCUGAGGGCGCCGAGCACCAUCCGGGCCACAUCACCUGCGGCUGGAUUCAUCCCGAGACUCGACCUGCCCUCCGGCUCACGGACAUACAGCAUCAGCAAAGCGGGCUGGUGUAAAAGCGCACCAGUUCUACCGCAGUCCAGUGAUUCAGAGGCAGAAACCAGGGUGAACCUUGUUCCACCAAACUCUCCAAUGGAGACAGAACAUGUGGGUCACAUUCGUCGGAGCAGUAGGUACGAGAUGCUGGCAGAUGUGAACCCAGAUGUGGCACUGCACGUGUUUGACAAAGUAGACAUGGAGUGCGAGUACACCAGCCCGCCUUCAGAGGCGUCCUGCAUGAACACAUCUGCAGUGGGCCCUGGACUGGACAGUGACUUUGGUGCAAGUGCAGGUGUCUCCCUGCGGAUUCUGUCAGCGGACAGUGACGGUCUGUCCAACGGUGUCCUGGCUUCAGCCUUGGAGUGGGAUUAUUACGACCCCUGCUACGUCAGACAGAAUAAUGUUGCCAAACAUAAACACCACAGACCUGCGGUGCACACCAAACAGUACUGGGUGUGAUGCGUACCAGCUGUCAGUGUGUUUAGUAGUUUUAUUGUUAAUUUAUUUUUUAUUAUUUUAAAUAUUUAAUUUAAAUAACAUUUUGAAAGUCUUUUUAGUUUGUCACUAAUAAUCACUUUGAUUUUACACCAAGUAAGCUGUUAGAAUAUUUUGAUAAAUGCACUCUGCCACUGAAUAUGUUCAUAUUGUGAAAUACAUGCGAAACACUAUCACAACAGUUAUUGUGAAAUAUUUACUAUGCACUUCUUCACUUCUGUUAAUAUAAAUUAUAGACACCACUUCAUGUUAACAGGGCUGUUCAGCCAGUUCUGUGUUUCACAAACAUUCACACUAAGAAGUAUAUUCACUGCUAUCGUUUGAAACUUUUUGAUUCACUCUGAUUAAUAAAGACUCAUUUAGAAUUCAGUUCAG